AUGCGUCUUUGUGCAAAGAUUCGCUGAAAACCUGUUGAUCGAUUCUGUGUAUUCGAAACUGUGGGCUCUGCUUUUAACCGAGACACCUAACCUAACCUAACUUGCCGGUUUCUUUCCAACAAACAAAGGGAUUUGAUUUCCUCGAUAAUAUACGGUCCUGUAACCUAAUUUUCGAGUUCUAUUUCUAUAGGCCAGUUUCUAAAUAUUAUUGCAAUAUUCGAUAUCGAUUCGGUGGAGAACGAGUCGAUCGGUCUAUCUCGCAAAUCGUCGAGAUAUCUGGUCGUCGAAAAAGGACAAGCAAAAUAUUGCGAUCGAAACGAGAACAUGGGCAAAUAAAUUAAACGUAAUUUCGUGCCAUAUAUGGAGAUACAAAGGACUUCGUACGAAGUAAAUGGAUCGUUUCGAAAGAGGGAAUAGCGAGUGUUCGAACGUCUCGUUAUCAUUAACAUCGGUAUUCCAGCCAGGAAUUUGGCAAGAAGGGUAAGAGAACGGCGUAAAUGGAUCACGGUCGUUCUUUGCCGCGGCUCGAGUGGCUUUGAAUUGUUAGUCCAAGGUCGGAGGGGGGAUAUAAAAGUUGCCGAUUUUGUUGGUCGGGGAAACAAAAAGAAGAGAGCCGGGCGUGGCAGUGAAAAGUACAGGAACGAUUGCGUAUGUUCAUACGGCGAAAGUUUUUCGACACUCGUUCGAAACACGCCCUUGUACCCCACCUGAUCCCAUCACGGAGUGGCUGGGCCAGGCAUCUCGCUAGCCGGGCCCGAGCUAUAUAAGAUUUCGGCUACGAAACGAUUGACAUGCACUUGCCUUCGUACAUCCUCGAAGAAUCGACCGAUCCAACAGCCCAACCGUCUCACAAUGUUCUCGAAGAUCGUAAUCCUCGCCUGCGCUCUGGCAGUGAGCAACGCCGGUUUAUUGGCCCCGAUCGCUGGACAGUACAGCUUGGCCACUGGAGCUUUGACGUCUACUUCGGACAACAUACUUCGAAGCAGCGGAAAUCUGGCGCAGAUCGCGACUCAAUCGAAAACGAUUGCCACUCCGUUCUCGACCAGCAGCAAGUCCGACAUCCGUGUGACGAACCCGGCUAUCUAUGCGCACGCAGCCCCCUUGGCUUAUGCUGCGCAUGCAGCUCCAUUGGCAUACGCCGCGCACGGAGCUCCAUUGGCGUACGCUGCACAGGCUGCCCCCAUCGCUGCACACUCGGGCCCCCUCCUCGGUGUAUCCUACUCGCCAGCCGUUGCUGUCUCCCACAUGACUUACAGCAGCCCCAUCGGCGUCUCUUACUCCUGGUAAUAGGCUCUUAUCAGAUCACCGUUGCU